AUGAAGUUGAUGAAAGCCACCGUUGAAAUUGAUGCUGAUCAUAAAGUUAAUCGGAUCAGUGAACUUCCGGAUUCUCUACUCUGCCACAUCCUGUCAUUUCUACACAUCAAACAAUCUGCUGCCACUUCCAUUUUGUCCACCAGAUGGAAGUACUUAUUCGCUUUCGUCCCCGAUAUCGAUCUUGAAUACAUGAACCCGGAGCUUCACUUUGAUUUCAUCAACUUUUGCCGAAGAAUGAUCGUGCUACGCUUGAAUCUUUACUAUCUAAUGGAUGUAAUUUCAAUCCGCAAAAUCAUGAAAGGUUGUCCUCUGCUGGAGGAGCUAGAUAUAGGUUGCAAAUGUCCUGAGAAUUUUGGUAGGGAGAACGCAAUUGAUGUUCUUGAAUUCUCGAGUUCUUCUAUGAAGAAACUAGUAUUUCAUCCUUUUGGGGAACGUCAGGAUGUCACUAUUAUUGUGGCAUCCAAUAGUCUCCAAAGUUUGGAUUGUCGACUGAAUUGGUUAUGUAAAGAUGGCAGCGGCGAAGUGAUAUUAGAUACGCCGAAUCUUAAACAUUUAGCCUUCAGUGGAACUCUGGAAAAAUUGAACAUUAUUGGGGGCCUGGAAAGUGUGGAUUCAGUUGAAGUAACUAAUGAUUCUUACUCCAUUACAAGUGCUGAGGAUUUAAUUGUGCUUCUUCAUCGGACACAAAAUGCGCUGUCAAUUUGUGCAACAAUUGAGACCCUGGAGGCCUCGGAUGGUUUUUCACGUAUGUUACCAACAUUCGAAAACUUGGCACGUCUAGAGCUUAAUGUGCGUGAUGUAUGCAGCAUUCGGGACUGGGAAGCAUUGCCAUUCUUUCUUGAAAAUGCCCCUAAUCUAGAAGUUCUCCUUUUCAAUCAUGUGAGCACUAAUAUACUUUGGACUAACGACUUUGUGGAGGAAGAAGUUGAGUGUCCUGUUGAAACAAUCUUUCCUAUUCACUUGAUCGAAAAUCUCAAGGAGAUAGGAAUUAAAGUUUUCAACAAUGAAGAAGAUGAAUUCGCUGUUGUUGAGCAUCUAUUCCAGAAUGCGAAAUCAUUGAGGAAAUUUACCAUUGGGGCAGCUCCAGAGCCUUCAGUUUGUGCAAGAAUAUCGGCUUUCAAGAGAUGCUCUACGCUAUGUCAAAUUGUAUUUGAUGAAUGGAAGUACAUAAGGUUCUAA